GUCGGGUUGAGCGUACGUUGCGUCUCAGACAAUUUCACUUAUAAAGACUUUAAGUAACGUGUAUACUCACGUACACGACUACCAGUCUUUGAUUUAUUCAUUCACGGCGAGAGGCAAUAAAACAAGGGGCAGCGAAAACCGUACAUCUAAGGAAGAUUCGUGAUUACAGUGAACGCUGCUUACAGGAUGGCCUUUCAAGAUGUCUUUUGGAAACAGGUUUUUAAAAGAGAUCGGAGACUGAAGUAUAUGGUUCUGCUUGGUAUUGCCACCAUUGUUGUGUACGUGUUACACAUGCCUAGCCGUCUACCAGCAGCCGUGGAACGUUCAAAAUAUGACGUCAAAGAUGGCAGCGAGCAGAGACAGCAGACAUUUACAGAAACUGCAACCCAAAUUGGAAAUAGAAAACCCCCAAACAAUAUAUCGGAAAACCGAAAUAAACAUUUCAUUAUAUGUAUGGAAUCUGGUCGCCUUGGAAACGCGAUGUUUACUUAUGCAUCAAUUUACGGAAUUGCUUCCAAAAAGAAUAUGAGUGUUGUCAUCGAUGAAGGAAAUCCGCUGGUGAAACAUUUCAAACUGGACGCUAAAAGCAUGAAGAUACAGUCACUGAGUGGUUAUUUGAAAUUGGUCGAAAAAAGUUCUUGUGACUUCGACCAAGCAUUGAUGAAUUUCGACCCAAACAGAAAUGUCAUGAUAGAGCGUUACUUGCAGUCCUGGCGCUACUUCUCUCACGUUGAGGACCAAAUCCGGAGUCAGUUUGAUUUCACAGAUUCUACAAAAGCAUCGGCUGAUGGUAUUCUUAACAAGAUUCGUAAGGAAAGGUCUUUGUCCGCCAACGCGAGCGCCACCUUAGUGGGCAUUCAUUACCGAAGAGGGGACUUUGUGGAGAAACAUUUCAAAGAUUUUGGAUAUGCGCUUGCUCCCGUGGAAUAUAUUCACCGUGCAAUGAAGUACUUCCGCUUGAAGUAUAGUAACGUGACGUUCGUCCUCGCCACCACAUCCGCUGAGUUUAUAAAGGAUGUUUUAAAGGAGAACGAUGUCAUACAUGUGGCUGGGGAAAGUGCGAUAGUAGAUAUGGCCAUUAUGGCUAGAUGUGAUCAUUUGAUUCAAACUGUUGGGACGUAUGGCUGGUGGUCUGGAUUUCUUAACAGGGGCAGUGUUGUGUAUUACAAAUACCCAGCCAGGGAAGGAUCAAAGCUCCGAAAAAUGUUUGGUGGAGACUAUUCCAAUUUUUUCUACCCGAAAUGGAUCGGAAUGGACUGAUUAUUGGCACUAUGUUUAUCAACUGUUUGAACCAGUGGGAUUCCAGAUGCAAUGGGUUCCCAGCAUUCUAUGCAUUUCGUUGGAAGAGAAUAAAUGGGUCGGAUUGUCAGCCUGGGUGAUUCGGUUAUUUCCGUGGCAUACUCUCCCGACGUCGCGAGUCAUUACUCGCGGUAUCAACUGGAGCUGUGACGAUAUAUCGUAGUACCGAUAGUCGUGAUACUUUAUCUGACGAGAUAUAUAUCGAUACUCUUUUUCUUAUCGUGAUAUGUAUCGUUGACCUUAAGAUUAUUAAUUUUCACCAUAAAUUGGCGGUUAUGUCAAAAUUUACACUGUUACUUGCUAUCAAAGUAUACAUU